CAAGCCGUAUCACUAUUGUUAGCUCAGAUAUCUUAUCUUCCUGCUCACCAUCUCAGAGUCAACGCUACAUCAACCUCAGCCAUGAAUCCAUCAACUUCAGCUAUCGAUGUCUCAUCCUCAGCCAUGGAUAUGUCAGACUCCACUACCCCAGAAUACUCCACAACCUCGUCGAGUCAACCAUUUCGAUUUCUCGAUCUACCAAAGGAGUUGCGUUUGAUGGUAUAUGAACGUCUACCGCGCGCAACCAAGCAUUACCCCAUCGUAGCGUCGAGGACUCGGUCAACUUCAUGUCCUCACAACGCUUCGAUGAUACUGGUCAAGAGGGCUGUUUCGACGACCAUCUUGUUAACCUGCAAACAAAUCAAUUCUGAGGCAGACCACCUCAUUCAAAGGUCUAUUCGGGAUUUCAUUCUCACACACACGCCCAAAGUCAUCAUGAAUACGGAAGCCUGCCAUGACAGCUGUGCAUCCGACCAGAUGGCCAGCCUCGAAUGCUUCGUCGACGCUGUAGAGAGGCUUUCCAAAGCAGUGCGGGUAAGCAACCGUGUAUCCUCCUCAUCUAACAUCAUGCUAAUCACCUAUACACAGACAACCGAAUCAGAGCGCAAAGACUGGUACUCGCCCAUACGCGAACAGCUAGAUUUCCUCUGCAUCACCGAUUCAGACAUGCAAUCAAAGUUCAACAACAUCUGCACACAAACAGAACGCCAGCUCGCUUUCCGCGACAACCCUCACUGCGUACAGCUGGUCAACGUCUUGCCCAAGAGGUCGACGGCUGGAUACCAGAUGUUGUUCCAAGAGAACCGCCUAAGGCCUCUUUUCCACAUGAAUCUCGAUCUGCCCCUCCGCGCGGGGUUCGAGGUGUCCAUGGCCGGAUGGAUCGAGGUAGAUUCCGAUCACCUGGCCCUGGACAAAUGUGUGCCGACGUACAUGCAGAGCAGGUAUUCUGCAUCGGCAAGGCAUCACUACAAUAUUCGCGACAAGAAGAGAGUUUACGAAGCGAUGGAUAAGGAGACUUGGACGCGGGACUGGUUGGUGUAGAUGUGUCUGCAAGACUUUCCUGUCGCAGACUUGUGGAACUUAAAUAGACGAGCACUAUGCCAAAUUCAAAAAAAUACCACUUCUAUACUAUCACUUUGACUGCGUUUCUCAACUGUACUCACUCUCCCAUCUCAUUCUUCACAAUAUCCACCCAAACCUCGAGUCUCGACAGCACCACACACACAGCCAAUCACACCAGCCCAAGCCCAAG